ACAACAUAGCAAAACACGAAGCAAUUCGUCAGGAAGAAGAAAAACUGAAAAGGGGCAAAGGGAAAUAGAGAAUGAAUCAUAACCAGCAAAGCAACGAUGGGAAGCACGAUGACGACUCUGCUCUCUCCGACUUCCUUGCCUCUCUUAUGGAUUACACUCCCACUAUACCUGACGAAUUGGUGGAACAUUACUUAGCCAAGAGUGGUUUUCAAUGUCCCGAUGUUCGAUUGAUAAGGCUUGUAGCUGUUGCUACGCAAAAGUUUGUUGCGGAUGUCGCAAGCGAUUCACUUCAGCAUUGCAAGGCAAGACAGGCCGCGGUAGUCAAGGACAAAAGGGACAAGCAGCAAAAGGAUAAACGCCUAAUCUUGACCAUGGACGAUCUCUCGAAGUCAUUACGUGAGUAUGGAGUGAAUGUGAAGCAGCAGGAGUAUUUUGCUGAUAGCCCAUCAACUGGAAUGGACCCUGCAUCUAGAGAUGAAUAGAGUUAGGAC